CUGGAGGCUGUUUAUGGAUUUCACGACGCGCCGGGCGAGAUACCGGGGGAUUCUGGCGGGGGACAAGUGCGUGCACCCCGGGUCGGUGUUCGACCCCAUCUCGGCCCGCAUUGCCGAGGACCUGGGAUUCGAGGUGGGCAUGUUCGCCGGGUCCAUCGCCUCCUUCACCGUGCUGGGAGCGCCCGACAUCGUGGUGCUGACCCUGACCGAGUUCGCCCAGCAGAUCCACCGCAUCUGCCGCGCCGGCGACCUGUCGUGAUGGUGGACGCCGACCACGGAUACGGCAACGCGCUCAGCGUGAUGCGCACGGUGGAGGAGCUGGAGACCGCCGGCGUCUCGGCCCUGACCAUAGAGGAUACGGUGCUGCCCGUCAGCUUCGGCGCGAACGGCGCUCAGUUGCUGUCCGUGGAAGAGGGCAUCGGCAAGAUGAAGGCGGCGCUGGCGGGCCGCACCGAUCCGGCGCUGACCAUCGCCGGACGCACCAGCGCCCUGCGAAUCUCCGGGCUGGAGGAUACCAUCAAGCGGGUCAAGGCCUACGAGGCCGCCGGCGUGGAUGCCAUCUUCCUGGCCGGGGCCAACACCCGCGACGAGGUGGCGGCGGUGGCCGCGGAGGUUUCGGUGCCCCUGCUGCUGGGCGGCACCACCGGCGAGCUGCAGGACAAGGAGUGGCUGGGCGCCAAUGGCGUCAAGGUGGCGCUGCAGGGGCACCUCCCCUUCUCGGCGGCGGUCAAGGCAGUCUACGACACCCUGAAGGCCCUGCGUGACGGCGUGGCGCCGGCCGACCUGCGGGAUAGCCUGGCCCCGGACGAAAUGAUGGGCCAGUUCACCCGCCGCUCCAGCUACCAGAAAUGGACGGCGGAUUACCUGAACUGA